AUGCCGAAAAGCCGCUUCUACGUAUCGCCGCUUCUCGUUCUCCUUCUGCUUUCGCUCUUGGCCUACUAUUACCACGCCUCCCCGGCGCCCCCAAUGAAAAUCCGCCUUUACACCCACAACAUCCGCUACGACAACAGAAAUCCGGGCGCCGGCGAACCGUACUGGGAAAAAAGAGGCCCCGCAGUCGCCCAAAGCAUCCGCUUCCACACACAGCCGGGCCUGUCUGUUGUUUGUCUUCAGGAAGUGCUCCACCACCAGCUUUUUGGCCUUUUGGACACGCUCAACCGCCACGACGACUGGAGCUACUACGGCGUGGGCCGGACGGACGGGAAAACACAGGGGGAGUAUGCGCCCAUCUUGUUCAAAACCAAUGACUGGGAAGUGGUGCGUUCCCACACGUACUGGUUGAGUCCCACGCCAGAAAAACCGUCCAAGGGCUGGGAUGCGGCUUUGGAAAGAAUCGUGACGGAGGUUGUUUUGCGGUCAAAGGCGUCUAAAAAGCACGUCAAGGUCAUGAACACGCACUUUGACCACGUGGGCGUCGAGGCCAGACGGGAACUGGCACGGUUGAUAGCGGCCAAGAUGGAGCAGGGCUCCGAGCCGGUGUUUUUGUGCGGCGACUUCAACACCGAGCCCACGGACGAGCCGUACCACGUGCUCCAGAGCACGGGCUUCAAGGACAGCCGUGUCCAGGGCAAGGGCUACGGCUACGGCUCGACAUUCAGCGGUUUCAACCGGAAAAAUGAGGACAACACCAUCAUCGACUACAUUUGGGCGGGCAACGACACGCAGUGGCAGGACUACGGCGUGGUGCCCAACUUCUACGACUUUUACAUGAGCGACCACCGCCCGGUGAUUGCGGACUAUGUGAUUUAG